AUGGAUCUCGGGCUGGAAAGAGUCUCAAGAUGCCUGGCAGACCUUGGAAACCCACACAACGCCUUUCCCGUUGUAUAUGUAACAGGAACAAACGGAAAGGGCUCCCUCUGCACUUUUCUCUCCAAGUUCUUUGAGCAGUACAACACCAGGAGAUCAGAGUGCAUCGCCGCAGAAACACAGGCCUCCAGGGCCCCGAGAAUCUGCUGGGGUGUGCUCACAUCCCCUCCCCUCCUCGGCCCAUGGGACACAAUACAGAUAGACGGCAGGGCAAUCAGUAGGGCAGAGUACGAAGAAAGAAAGAGCAUCCUAGAGAGCACAGUCAGCAGUUUCCCGGCCCUCACCGCAUUCGAGAAGAACGUCGUCGUGGCAGUCACGUUGUUCAGGGCCCACAAAAUCAGGGUCGGCAUCAUAGAGGCAGGGAUAGGUCAUUUCCUCGAUGCAACCAACAUAUUUCCUGGAGAGAACCUCAUAACCGCCGUCCUGACAUCCAUUGCAAUAGACCACACAGAGGUCCUGGGGAAAACCGUCGAGCACAUAGUAGGACACAAGAUACGCCUUGCCAGGAGCGGGAGGCCUGUGUUUGUAAGCCCUCAGCCUUCCGACAGCUUAACCAGGACGAUUGCCAAGAUGUACAGAGACUCCGGCAUCGAGCCUAUCUAUUGCGUCGAAAAGAUAUGCAGAGUCCUCUCUGACACAGAUGGACUCAUCUACAGGGUCCAGGGGUUCCAUGGAGAGCAGACAUAUCACAUAAGGAUUGAGCACCUUUCGCUCCUUGGAGACCACCAGGGAAGAGCCAACCUUCCCACGGCAAUAUGCGUAUUUCUCUAUGUGAUCGUGGUGCAUCUCAACGAAAAAGGCCAGGCCCAGGCAAUCAGAUCCAUUGCCGAUGCAUGCCGCGGAAUCAGGCUUCCUGGGCGUCUUGAGAGGCUGCACAACGUGUCGGACAUCUUCAGGGGAAUAAGGAAAACACUUCCACUUCUGGGAGACACAGAGAGACCGGGCAACGUGUCAAUCAUACUCGAUGGCGCCCAUAACGUAAGCGGAGUGUGCGAGCUGACCAGAUAUGUCGAGAAGAUAAAAAGCCCGGGGCUCAGGAUAUGCUGGAUCGUCGGGAUUACAGACAGAAAGGACACACACGGGAUUCUUUCACAGAUCGGGAGGUGCUUGUGCAAGAGAAAAGGCAUGGGAGAAAGAAUCUACUUCGUAGGGUUUAAAGGGCCUGUAUCGAUGGAGUGGGUACGGUGCACCCCUCCUUCGGAGCUAGCAAGUGCUUUCACCGGACUCAUGGACAAAGAGGCAGGGAAACAAGACAGCAAAACGAGUAGUAGCACGAGCAGAAAAGGCAUUUCCGUCGUCGAAGGCAUGAGCCUGGAAGAAGCACUUGUGGACUGCAUCGGCAAGAAGAGAAAGAAGACAGCAAUUAUUGUCACGGGGUCGCUUUACUUGGUAUCAGACAUCUACCGACUGAAAGAGGCAGCUAGGGAUCCAGCCCACUGCUACCGAGCAAACCGUAAAGCUUGA